AGGCAGGUGGUGUUGCAGCGCCCGCCCCGGAGCCAGGCCGGCGAGCAGCGGAGUGGGUGCAGACGAGAAACGGCGCUCAGGAACAGGCAGGAAGCAAAAUGGCGGCUGCGGGUGUUGGCGUUGCUGCCGCCGCUGCUGCCGCUUUAAAACUCCUGGCGGGUUCCGAAGUCAGGGUAACGGUGGAUCACGUCGUGGACGACGCAUUGGUAGUGUCCCUGCGUUUCGAAGAGAAGCUUUUCUCAGGAGUUCUAAUGGAUAUUUCCAGAAGAUUUGGGCCGUAUGGAAUUCCUGUGACUGUGCUUCCAAAAAGGGACUACAAGGAUAAAACUGACCUACUGCAACUUCAAUGUGAACCAUUCCAGCAACAGAUCCAGCAAAGUUCAAAAUCAGCAGGUACUUGUGAAGCAGCAUCUUUGGUACCUUCUACACACCCUAGUGUGGUUGAAAGCCUGUGGACUGCAAAACCUGCACCGUUAUUUUACGAAGGAGCACCUUAUCCUCCUCCACUCUUUAUUAGACAUACUUAUAACCAGUCUAUACCUCAACCUCCUCCAAGAAGGAUUAAACGACCUAAAAAGAAAAUGUUCAGAGAGGAGUCUACUUCCAUAAUGAAUUCUAUUAAACUCCGACCAAGACAAGUUUUAUGUGACAGAUGCAAAAAUAGUAUUUCUGCAGAUAAAAAAGAGUUGAGAAGGGGCAGCAGCACAAGUGACACUUCUCGAAGUGAGGACAAGAAACGAAAAAAUGACAGUGCACCUGCAGUAUCUAAGAGACUAAAAACCGAUCAUAAACUGGAAGCAAAAACGCAGUAUGAUGGUCAGAAGAGGAAUACAGUCAUUAAAAUUUCAAAUCUAACUACAGGCAAGGGCAAAGUAGUCAAGAUUUCUUCCCAAGUACAUAGUUCUAAAGUGCAGUUGAAUCCCAAGAAAGUGCUACAGAACAAGAACGUAGAUCACACGAAAGCCAGGGAAGUAUUGAAAAUGGCCAAAGACAAAGUUCAGAAGAAACAGCAGGAAGUUUCUUCAUCUGGUGGUACCAUUCCAAAAGUUCAUUUUACACGGCGCUUUCAAACCACCAACUCUGGCUCUCUCCCUCCACGGAUUCGUUUAAAACCACAAAGGUACAGGAAUGAAGAAAAUGAUUCUGUUUACAAGGCUAAACUUGAUAGACUACGCAGCUGUAAGACAGCGUCCAAAGCGCCGCCUCGCUGUACCUCUUCCCGCUCAGCAGGUGAGCAGCCUUCUGAAAAAGAUAGUCCCACAAAAGGGUUGGAACAAUCCACUGAUGAGAAUAAAGACACCAGGGAAAUAAAAUGGCCUUGUGAGCAAGAUGAAAAACAAUUGGGGAAAAGGGGCAGAGGAGGCAAUAUAACUGUUUAUAUGACCUACAGUCAAAAUAAAUCUGACUCUUCCGCCUUUUCAGUUUGUAGUAGUGAUAGUGCAGAUGAUAUAAAAUCCUCCAACUCAGAAUGUAGUUCUACUGAAACAUUUGACUUUCCUCCAGGCAGUAUGCAUGUACCUUGCUCUUCCUCCUCAAAAGAAGAAAAGCUCACUAAUUCCUUGAAAGUGAAAGUUUUUACCAAAAAUGUCUCUAAAUGUGUGACUCCAGAUGGCAAGACCAUAUGUGUAGGGGACAUUGUUUGGGCCAAGAUUUACGGCUUCCCCUGGUGGCCUGCCCGCAUACUUACUAUAACUGUGAGCCGAAAAGAUAAUGGCUUUUUAGUAAGACAGGAGGCCAGAAUUUCAUGGUUUGGGUCCCCAACAACAUCUUUCCUGGCUCUUUCACAAGUCUCCCCGUUUUUAGAAAACUUCCAGUCACGGUUUAACAAGAAGAGAAAGGGCCUUUACCGAAAGGCCAUCACAGAGGCAGCCAAGGCUGCAAAGCAGCUGACACCUGAGGUGCGGGCCCUGCUGACACAGUUUGAAACAUGAAAACAUCAAAGAAGCCCGUCGACACUAAAGGUUCUGGCUGCUGUUUCUUAAGAUGUCCACUACACUGCCAUUUGUUGGGCUGCAACGUUCAGACACCCAAUAUGCCAUCUUGUCCGAAGUUUGUGGGGAGGGUUGCUGGAGAGAAAAUUAAUGACUGUCUAGUCAUAACUGAAAUAAACAUGACACUUGUACCUAUUGUACAUUGCUUUCUCACAUGGAAAAUGGAAGAUAUUUUUUAAAAAAGAUUUUGCAAUUCUUAAUGCAUGUUGAGAUUUUUCUGACACAAGUAUAUAUGACUCACUUGAAAUGGCAAAUUCUUUCUUAGAAAUUCUUUUCAUGUGAUGUGCCCUGUUUAAAACACGGUCACUGGAUGAGUCCACAGGUAAAUGAACCCGGACAUUUCUUACAAGUACUGUAGUCCUUUUUUUAUUUUUUAUAUAAAUCCUGAGAGUUGGAUUUUAAUUAUGAAUUCAGUUUUAGAAAUUGAACCAUUUGUCAGGGAUUUUUUUUACAUGUAGUACUGUAUUUGCUCUCCAUUGGUUUUGCUUAGUUGCUUAAUAUUUAAGCUAUGGUCCACAUUUUAGUUUUGUCUUCAUAUCAAAAGGAGCCCAAUGUCAAUUAUUUUGUGGACUUGAAUACCUUUUAAUUAUGUGAUUCAGCUUUAAGGUUUGCAUAAAAUUGAAUGUUUUAAGAAUGUGGUGUAAAACAAUUAUUCAAGAGAUUAAAAUUUAGAUUGUA